GAAGUUAGGUAAUCUAAUCGUAUCAGUAGGCCAUGCACACUCCCACAUAUAUAUCAUCAAGAUCAAACCCAGCUGCUCCAAUCUCUUUCUUACUCCGUGUGGGGUGGUCGAUCCUCGAACUCGAAAUGGCAAAGCUGCUUCCGAUUUGCAUCGUCCUCAUCCUCGGCGCCGUAGCUUCGACGUGCAAGGCCACCACUUACACGGUAGGGGACUCCUCCGGCUGGGAUAUUAGUACCGAUCUCAACACUUGGGCCAAGGACAAGACCUUCGCCGUUGGCGACGUUUUAUCGUUUCAGUACCAAUCGUCGGAGACCGUGGAAGAAGUGAGCAAAGAGAGCUACGACAACUGUAGCACAACCAACGCUCUCCAAACAUACUCGAACGGCAACACGUCCGUCCCGCUCACCAGAUCCGGCGCGUGGUACUUCAUUUCCGGUAACCGGUUAUAUUGCCUUGGAGGGAUGAAGCUCCAGGUCGACGUGGUGCAGGCCGCUUCGCCCGGCGGCGCACCGCAAGCGGCUCCCGGGCCGGGUGCUCUGACCAAACCCGGUUCAAAGAGCAACACCCCAUCUACUUCUUCUUCUUCAGAUGGGCUUGUCCAUGGUCGAAGUCAUAAGGUGGUCUCGGGUUUGAUAGGCCUUGUAGCCACUGUCCUGUGGGUGGCCCAUGUAUGAUUGUUUUAUCAUUUACGAAAUCAAAUACGUUCAUGUAUUCAGAGAAGUACUUGUUUGUCUUAUUUGAGGGUAUUGUUGUUUCUGUU